UGUCUUAUCUAAUAUUAUCAAAGAUAAUUUCAAAGUUGUUUUACUAUAUAAAUCAGAGGCUUUGGAAACAGCAAUUAUUCUGCAUUUAUUAGUAUUUAUUUACUCUAUUAUUCUUCAACUUGAAAAUACUCGAAGGAUUGCAUAAUGAAGGUACAACUUGUAAUAUUUGGCGUCCUGUGCUUGGCAUUAUUGGCCGCUGCUGAGACAUGUGGUUGGGGAUCUUGCCCUGGAGUUGGCAGAUGUUGUUACGGUGAUAGUCAGGUCUACAAGUGCGCUCCAUUCGACAAUGCUGUAUGCUGUCCUGGUGGAGACUACAGUUGUCCCCCAGGAAAAUCUUGCGUCAAAAUCCUUUGGUGGUACAUUUGCGUAAAUGCUAUGGCACUCUCCAGCGACGGAAGCUACGAUUUUCAAAAGGGUCUCUCGGAAGCUCUGAUGAAUGCUAAGAGAUAUGCUUAGGAAAAACAAAAGAUGCUACUGAAAUGUAUUCUGAAUGUAUAAAAGAUUUUUAUGAAUGUUUGACAAACGCGAAGUAAUAAAUUAUUUAUUUUCAUUAA